CACCCACACGCGGACGGGGCGCCACGAAAACCCGAAAAGCGAAUUGCAUCCUCGCUUCCCAAAUAACAAAAAACUUCUCGAAAGCGAGAGCCACGUGCGUAUCGUAAAUACGGAGCGCAAAAAGUGCCGUCAUUGAAACUAGUGAAAAGUUUUUUCGCCGCGCGGGGGAGACACCCCUCUGUACCGGAAAAAAUCGGCCCCUCGCGUCCCCGCCCGCCGAACCUUUCAUUCACCGGGAAAAAAGUGUGGCAAGGCCGUGUGACGUCACAUCUAGUGGCCACGCGUUCGUUCCCUAGCAACGUGUCGCAUCUCACGAUAGGCUCUCCGAAGGAAGUGUUCCGCGGGUGCAAGAUGGUGCCGAGUGACUCGGGGUCGGUGUGGAUGUGACCAGUGUGGAGUGGGAAGUGCGAUGUAGCGGGUGCGGACGCAGUGGACUCUAUGUGCAGCACGCAGCGCGCGCGGGUGGCGAGGAUGCACCUCACGGGCGCGUCCACGGGAGCCGUGUCGCCCGACACCAGCUCCACGCUUCUCCACGAGACGUACACGAAGAUGACUUCGGACAUCCUCGCGGAGAGGACGCUGGGCGACUUCCUGUCGGAGCACCCGGGGGAGCUCGUGAGGACGGGCAGUCCGCACUUCGUCUGCACGGUCUUGCCGCCUCACUGGCGCUCGAACAAGACGCUGCCCGUGGCGUUCAAAGUCGUGGCGCUAGGUGAUGUGGGGGACGGCACGCUGGUCACGGUGAGGGCGGGCAAUGACGAGAACUGCUGCGCCGAGCUGAGGAACAGCUCGGCGGUGAUGAAGAACCAGGUGGCCAAAUUCAACGACCUGAGAUUCGUCGGCCGUAGUGGUCGCGGAAAAUCCUUCACAUUGACGAUAACAGUAUCAACAUCGCCGCCCCAAGUAACGACGUACAACAAAGCGAUCAAAGUCACCGUGGACGGGCCGCGGGAACCUCGCUCCAAAACCAUGUUGUCUCUGCUAGGACAGCAGCAGCAGUUCCACUUCGCGUUUGGGCAGCGUCCGUUCCCCUUCCCGCCGGACCCACUUGGAGGCUUCAGGAUGCCGCCCAUCACUUCGUGUCAAAAUAUGAGCCAAUUUGGACUCAGUUCGAGUAACUCCCAUUGGGGCUACGGCGGCGCGGGCGCAUAUCCCGCGUACCUUCCCUCGUGCGCCGCGCCUGCCGCCUCGCAGUUCAACCCUCCUGCACUCGGCUUCGCGGGGACUGUGCCUGACCAGUCUUCCACGCAGGAUUUUACGAAUAAUACAGUUCUCCCGGAUACGACAGGCGUUGAUUUGGAUCAACAGCUGUCGGGGCUGGUCGGUUCAUCGCCUUCACACCACAGCAGUCUCCUGCCGCGGUACAACAACAACACGGACUACAGCUUAUCCACAGGACCUAGAUCGCUGAGCGACAAUAGUUCCCAACCAGAGUCCCCAGUGCAGGACGACUUACUGACCUCAAACACAACGACAAACAUUGGCCACAACCAUUCAAACACGAACUUUCCUUCACUAAUGGGGUCCCAAAACUCGUCGUACGGAAGUAGUAACUGUAACAAUUCCCUCUAUCCUGUACUACCAGCAAGUUUGCUAUACAGCCAAUUGUACACGGCAGCGAACCAAACGCACAAUUUCCAUCCUUUACACUCGAACUCGAUUCACUCGACGCAAAACCAUCACAACGAGUUACAAACUAUGAUGGAUCAGAUAUCGUCAACAACUAACAAUCAUAGACAACAUGGUAACCAUGGCCAAGGAGAGUUAUUAUUAGGUGGGGGGAACUCUUGUGCCGCGGCAGCAGCAAGAGGAGAAGACGGUAGAGUUAACAGUCUUGGGCAACGAGGUAACCCUCAACCAGACAGCAACACAGUAUGGCGACCGUAUUGAAAACUCCAAGAAGAAAGAGUAGGUGUUUUUAAUUACUACUUGAGUGCAAAACAAGCUGAUUAUACUAAAACCUCAAGCUAUAUAAACAGAGUAAAUGCAGAGUAACGAUUUCAUAAAUUCGAAACGCGAAGUAUUGUUACUAUGAGUUCGUCUAUUGCAACGAAAUAGGUAUCGUAAUAAUUUGUAUAAAGUUAAAUCUGUAAUGGUUUAACCAGUAUUGAAUCAUUAAUGUAAAAUCGCUCCCGUCCUAAUUAUACGAGUUGUUUAUGAAUCAAGGAUAUUAUUUAGCAGUGACUGUUGUUUUAGUUUUUAUAUGGCUCCCAGAUAACUAACGGAAAAGGUCUACAAAAGAUAUCACAUAAGUACUUAGCUGUAGCAUAGAGCUACAUAAAGAUGAAACCAAAGUUGUAUUUCGUCCGUGUUAUUGUCACCAAUAAUACUUUGGGUUGUAUUACAAU